AUGGCUUCUUGGGAAGACCUUGCUAGGAAUUUUUUGUUGGAAGAGGAAGAAGAAGAUGAGGAGCUAUUCUUUGUUCUUCUCCCUGCUAUAAUGCCCUUUCUCGAAGAAGAGAAAACACCUGAGCAUACCUCUUCUCUUCCUGGAGCUAAAAAAGUUAAAGAGAUCCUCGAAGGGCACGAGAAUUGGUGCAAGGUAGAAUUUAGGAUGGAGACUGAAAUAUUUAGAACUAUAGCAAACUUUCUCAGAGCCGAGAACUUGCAACGUGACACACGUGGCAUGAAGAUUGAGGAGCAACUUGGACUUUUUAUGUUCAUGCUCUCUCAUAAUGCAAGCACAGAUAGGCUAAAGAAGGAGUUUCAACAUAGCGGUGAGACAGUGCAUAGGAAAAUAAAUGAGGUCUUCGAUAUCAUUCCAGCAUUAAUUCAAAGAUUCAUCAGACUUCCGAACCCAAGCAACACACACGUGAAGAUUACAUGUGACCCUAGAUUUAUGCCAUUCUUUCAGAAUUGCAUAGGUGCUAUUGAUGGUACGCAUGUCCCAAUCACAAUUGGACAAGACAAGGCCAGUCCCUAUAGAAAUAGGAAGGGAAAACAAGACGAACAAUUUUCAGUUGACAAAUGUCUCGAUGAGGUUGAUGCAAUGCAACUUACUGAUGUGGAAAAGGCAUAUGCUAUGAACAUCUUCAAAUCUGAGAUUGAUAGGGAGGUAUUCAUGAAAAUGAAAAACAAAAAUGUUCGCUUGAUUUGGCUCAAACAGCAAAUUAGUGCUAUCAGUGGAGGCAAUGUUGAUGGAGGCAAUAUUUGAUUUGAGAAGAAAAAGGUAGCUGUAGUCAUUGUAUGCAG